UGGGAGACGGAGGAUUCUGGCCAAGAGGCAGCAGCACCUUUGCCAAAAGACAAAAAGGAAGUUGCAGAAAAGAUGUAUGGAAAGCAAAGUUCUGAGCUAAUCCAGUUAACGGGGGAGCUGGAGAAUUGCUCUGGUUUACCUUGUUCAGAUAUCAAUGUCUUAUUGGACACGGAUGAUUGCCAUGAAAAAGAAAUGUGUUCAAGGUGUGGGAAAACACUCUGUAAUGAAUCUGGAUUAUGUGACUGUGGCGAAAGCCCAGCUGGUGAGAAACAAGAUGAAAGCAGGCAGCACCCCAGAAGGGACCUUCCUCCUCCUUUACGUGAAAGAAUAAAAAAAGGAGGGAAACCAUACAAAUGUACAGAGUGUGCAGAAAGCUUCGGUACAAGCUGCUCUCUUGCUUCACAUAAAAAGAUUCACAAAGCAGAGGAUCCACACAAAUGUCUUGAUUGUGGAAGGACCUUCAGGCAGAAAAACCAUCUUAAUUCACACCAGACGAUCCACGAGAAGCAGCAGCAUCAAUGCAUCCCUUGUGGAAAGACCUUCAGGAGCAGCGCCUCCCUUACUUCUCAUCAAAGCCUCCACAGAGAGGAGAAGUUGGAUCAAUGCAGGGAGGGUAGAAUGGGGUUUACUCAGAGCAAGGAACCAAAUUCCCUAGAAAAAAGCCCCACUGGGAAGAAAUCAUAUAAAUGCCUAGAAUGUGGGAAGAGCUUCCGCUAUGCCAGUGACCUCGCUUACCAUAAUAGGACUCAUACAGGGGAAAAGCCGUAUCAUUGCACAGUGUGUGGAAAGAGCUUCACCCGAAAAGGCAAUUUAAAUUUACAUAAGAGGAUCCACACUGGAGAGAAGCCGUAUAAAUGCACAGAGUGUGGAAAAUGCUUCAGUGCCCCUUGUACACUUUCUUCCCAUAAGAGGAUUCAUACAGGGGAGAAACUUUUUCACUGCCUGCAGUGUGGAAAGCGCUUUGCCCGUUCUGGUGGCCUUCAUGUCCACAAACAGAUCCACACAGGGGAGAAACUGUACAAAUGCCUGGAGUGUGGAAAGAGCUUCCAUAACUCCAGCCACCUAACUUCUCAUAGAAGAAUGCACACUGGAGAGAAACCGUAUCAAUGCACCGAGUGUGGGAAGCAUUUCAGUCAAGCAAGUAAUCUUACUGUCCAUAAAAGGACCCACACAGGUGAAAAGCCUUAUAAAUGUCCUGAAUGUGACAAACGCUUCACUGAUUUAGCGGCUCUCUCUCGUCACAAGAGGAUCCACACUGGGGAGAAACCCUAUAAGUGCCAGGAGUGUGGCAUGAGUUUCAGUAGAAGUAGUGUCCUUGGCAUCCAUAAGAGGAUUCACACAGGGGAGAAACCCUAUAAGUGCAUGGAGUGUGGCCUGAAUUUCAGGACAAGUUAUUAUCUUGGUAUCCACAAGAGGAUCCACACAGGGGAGAAACUGUAUACAUGUCCCGAGUGCGGAAAAAGCUUUAAACAUAAUCAUUCACUCAGGAUCCAUAGAAGGCUUCACUCAGGGGAGAAACCCUAUAAAUGCCUGGAGUGUGGAAAAUGUUUUCCUGUGAGUGGCCAGCUUACCUCACACAAUAGGAUCCACACAGGAGAGAAGCCGUUUAAAUGCUUCGAGUGUGGAAAGAGUUUUAAAGACGGCAAGAAUCUUAGGGUCCAUAAAAGAAUCCACACAGGGGAGAAGCCGUAUCAGUGUGUGGAGUGUGGAAAGAAAUUCACAACCGGGGGUAACUUUAAUUGCCAUAAGAAGACACACAGCAGGAAAAAAUGACCUAAGACGUAAAAAUCAAGCUAGGGUGGGGAGGGGGUGGACCUGUCUCAUGCACCCCUUACUCACUUAUUUGUAGACUGCCACACUCAGACCUCCCAUACCCCAACAUCUGUUGCACUGCUGCCUUACUUUUAAAGCCGGUUGUGGCAGCUUGCAUGCAAGACGCUGCGUGGCUCGUUGUGCCAGUGCCGCCACUCACAGCAGAACGCCAUCUGAUUCAUUGCGCUAAUGCCGCCACUCGUGGCCAGAUGCCAUAUUGCUCUGCACGCCUGUGCUGCCACUAACGGGAGAAUGCCGCAAGGAUCUUGUGCCGCUGCUGCUGCUCAAGCACACAAUGGCACAAUAUACAAUGUAGAAGAUGCUGAGUAGCGGCGUGAUAGGUAUUGGGGCGGAGGAGGCAUGGCUGCAGUAGUCCUUAGGUAAGUGGGUAAGUCCUGGUGCAGAAAAGAAUAUAAGACUGGGUCUUAUUUUUUGAGAAACACGGUAUGUAAAACUAAAACAUUUUGCUUUGAUGUUAUUACUGAUCCAAAGGGAGUCGGAAGCCAUUGCCUUUUUCCUUUCCACAUCUUCCCCUUUCCUUUCUCAUAGAGAUAGACAGAGAGGUACAGAGAGAGGGGGGAUUUCUUUGUGUUAGUUUUGCUGCACAAUAAAGUUUUUGCUUACAACCUUCUCUUCCAUGUGUUCCGUUUGAGGCCUUGGCAUAUCUGGUAACGGACUCAACGUUGGGGCAGGAAAGGUAACGAAAACCAAAAGGGCCUUUUUGUUCAGGACGAUCUUUUUCCUUCUUUCAACCAUGCUGGAAGUGCAAUUCUUGAGGAGGAAAUGGCGAAUAUGCCAGAAUCCCUGCAAAGGUGAAGCAGGAUCUAUAUCAGGGGGGUGAAACUCAUGGCGUCAUGUGAUGUAGUGGGACUUUCUUCCCCUCCGCUAAACCGGGGA